UAAAAAAAUGAUAUAAAAAAUAAAAUGAAGGAAAGAACUGAAAUGUAGGGAUAUAUGAUUGUUCUGAUUUGAUUUUGUGUGUGUAAGGAACAAUGAGCGUAUGAUUUAUGGCAAUACUUAUACGGCAAUUUUUGAUUUUUUUUUUUAAGAAUAAAUGAAACGGAUUUUGGAAAAUGUGAGAAAUAAGAAAAAAAUAUUUAAAAAAAAUAUAAAGAAAUAAAAUAAAAGAAAUCUGAAAAAAGGAAAAAUAUUGAUUGAUGGGUGGCGUAUGAUUUUUAUUAUCUGAUAUUGUGCGAAUGGAUAAAUGGGCGUAUGAUUUAUGAAAAUACUUAUACGUAAGCAUUUAAAAUUUAAAUGAAUUAUCCAUGUGAUUUUUAUUAAAGGACCAAAAGAAAAAAAAUUAAAAAAUAUAAAAAUAUCCGAAUAAUAAAAACAAAAUAUAAAAAUGGAACAUGAAUAAAAAAUUGAAAAAUUUAAAUGAAAAAAAAAAAAUAUAUAUAUAUAAAAAAUAAAAAACAGAAAGAAAAAAUAAAAAUUAUAAAAAAUAGAAAAAAAUAUUGAAACUCAAAAAACUAAAAAAAGUGAAGUGAAUGAAAAAUGUGGAAAAAAGACAUUUCGAAAAAUUGACAAACGAAACAUUUCAAAUAAAAUAAAAUUUGAAAACGACAAGAAAAUGGAAAAAUAUUAAAAAAAUAACAAAACGAAAGAAAGACGUUUCAAAAUAUUGAAUUGAAAAAAAAAAAAAAUUGAAAAAAUUCAAAAUUAAAAAAAAAAAUACUUCAAAUGAUUCACCCCCGCCCAUCCUUUGGAAACAUGUGAAAAUUCGAGAGAAGAAAAUCCACAAAGAAAAACCAAUUGCACAAUUUUCUUGGCAACUCCCUCAGAUGUUUAUCUAAGAGAAGAAACCCCCCGGACUGCCUGGGCCACAUAUCAAUCAAAUUGCUGCUGCCACAAACAACAACGACAACAAAUCAAUUGAUCGAAAAAAAUAUAAAAAAAAACUAAACUCGUGUACAUGACAUCCGCCGAGUGGGAUUUGCGUGCUCUCAAGGCACUGGAGCAGGAGCAGGAGAAACACAAGAAACAUCAACAACAACAACAGCCACAUCUAAAAAAGCAUACCUAUUUGGGUCUUUCGCAGCGAUCCCUCUAUGACCCCUCACCCUCCUCCUCGCUGCCCAUAACCCCGCCCAGCCUCAAGAAAUCUCUAGUCAAACAAUUGCCCACAGCGAAUACUCAACAUUUUAUUCACACCGCUCUAAAGGAACGUAGUGCAGUACCAGUCCCACCCCCUGCCACAAAUGCCAGUAACUCCUCUGCCUCCUCGGCCUCAGCCUCGAAUAGCUAUGUCCAGCUGCAGGCCCAACAGCUGCUGAAACUGCCCACCAUUAGUGAACAUCAUCAGCAGUAUUUGCUGGCCCAGAAGAAGUGGGGUGGUAGUAAGGAUUCCGCAGGGGGAAAAUUGAAAUUUUCCAAGGUUUUGUCCCUGUCGGCCCAGUCGCUGACAAAUCGUUUGGGUAGUAGGAAAUCGAAAAAUAAGUCAGGAAGUUCUCCAGGACAUUAUGUGGCCUCCUCGCCGCCCAUGUAUACCCCACCGCCCACAAGGCGUUGUAAUACCCUACAUCACACGCCCCAGGUGCGUAAGACUUUCAAGACUCUGCAGGAGUUGGAACGCCGGAAAUUGGAGGCACGGCCGGGAGAGUUACAGAUAACCAGGACCCUGCAUCGCAUUGCAGGCACCCACAAGACCUAUUGGAAGUAUGGCAUAAAUUCCACGGCCAAUUCCAUUGUGGGACAGCAUCAGCAGAAACAGCAGCAGCAACAGAAUUUACCACAACAGAGGGGGUCUCAACCGAAAAGGUGCCACAACUCGGAGCUGGAGUCCUAUACCUCAGAUGAAUUGGAUUCCGAGGAGAAUCAAAGUCCAGAACAGCCGGACAACAAGGACAUGGGCCUGGAGAGUAGAGGAGAACCCCAGCACAAGGAGAAGGGAGAGGAAGAUGGGGAGGGCUUGGCCUUUGAUUUUGAUGACAAUGCCACCGAGGUGGGCUCCUGCACGGUGCCAUUGGCCUCGGAUUCCAUUGAAAUGAUGAAUUUAAUGUUGUCAGCAGCCCAGACGGCUGUUAUCACCCAGCCCAGCAUUACAGCCAGCCAACCAACAGGGGAUCCCCCACAGCCACCACCGCCCGAUUUAACAGCCAUCAACAAUUCCAAAGACAACAGAAUCUCCACAGCAGCAACUGGUGGCGGUGGUGGUGUUCAAAUUCCCAAGUAUUUCACUUUGGGCCAUUCACAACAGCAACAACACCGACACCACUCCUUCAACCGUUUCAGUGACACCGAGGACUAUGUGGUGGCCUCUCCACCUCUGCCCGAUGAGUUUCUUGCCGGUGGCAGCUUUUUACCUCUCCAUCCUCAUUCCCAAAAUGAAGAAACUGUUGCUUUCAAAGCUUUACAACAACUCGCCAGACGCAAAAGCUUUUCGGGAGAGAAAAUGAGAGCCCAUUCGUUACAGCGCAAUGUUAGCCUCAAUUACAGUUAUGGCGAUGAUGAUGAUGAUGAUGGGGAAGCUCUGCAGCAGCCAGAGGACUCAACAGAGAAUGGUAAUGACAGUGACCAGAAUUCGGAGGAACAGAAUCAUGGCAAUGAUGGGCAGGGGGAUGAUGACGAUGUUAAUAACAGCUCUGUUCUCAACAUAACCUCCACUCUUAUGAGGGCCAACAGCACACGCCGGCAAUCUCGUAGCUAUGUCAACAACAGAUCUCUGUUGAAAGCCUCCUCCCUGGAUGUGCCACCCUCGGCCUUGGUCUAUACCACAGAUUUUAAUGUUCCCAACUCGACAACGAUUAUCACCAAUCCCCUGAUGAAUGCCACCGCCCAGCAUCACCAUACUCAUCAUGGCCAUCAUCCGGCAACCCUCAACCUGCUGAAAUCCUCCUCCUCCGGCAAGCCGCUGAAAACUUCAGCCCAAAUCAAACAGAAACUACUGGCCGUGGGUUCGAACAACAAAUCGCCUUUCAACGAUUUAAACUCGGUACGUCUUCGCCCACCGGGCGGCCAUAAUCUACAACAAUUGUCACCGGCCAGUAUGGUUCACUCUCCCCCUUCAGAUGGCGGUGGCGGCGAUGAGGCACUGCAUCACUUUGCCCCCCAACAUCUCCACUUGAAUUUCCAUCAUGCCUCCACCCUGUCGCCGGAUAUCUAUGACAAUGCCUGCACGAACGGUGAACUCUGUUCGGCAGCCAUGUCAUCGCUCAUCAUCGACGAUGAACUGGAGCAGCACAUCAAGCAGUGUUCGUGUUCCUGCAAUCACAUGGGCUAUGGGAAUUCGAUGGAUUAUCAGACCACCGGUUUCGGCGGUUUACCAGAUGUCACCGAGCACUCCAACAUACGACGCAAUAUCUCCCGCCAAAAUUCCACCUCCAACAGUGACUCCGGUGGCGAAAUCGCCAGCAUACAAAAGUCAAAGGUAAACUUCAACGACACCAAAUCCCCCUCCGAUGUGGGCGACCCGCUGGCCGGCGAUGUGACCACCGCAGCCGCCAAGGCAGCCAAACGCAAAUCGAAAGCCUCCCAACAGCAUGGCCACGGCAUGGUCGGUGGUGGCCAACACAAGUUGACCGGCCGCAAUUCCUGCGUCAUUGGUCUGACGUUGGUGGUGGCCCUGUCGCUGUUGGCCGUGGCGGCCACACUGCUGUAUCAGCAUUUCGUCAUGGCGCCCAGCCGCAACUCACACACACAAAGACUGAAGAUUGUCAAGCGGAUAUUGCGGGAUGUGCCGCUGGUGGAUGGGCACAACAACUUUGCGUGGAACGUGCGUAAAUAUGCCCACAGCAGUCUGGAGCUGGUGCAUGUCAGCAAUGACAUAAAUCAUAAAUCGAUGUGGGUGCGACCGGCGUGGGCCCAAACGGAUAUGGAGCGGCUGAAGAUGGGUCAAGUGGGUGUGCAAGUGUGGUCAGCCUAUGUGCCAUGCGAAGCCCAGGGCUUGGAUGCUGUCCAAUUGGCACUGGAACAAAUCGACAUAAUCAGGCGCCUGACAGACAUGUAUCACCAGGACACGGUGUUGGUGCAGUCGUCGAAGGACAUUCAAAUGGCCCAGAGGCAGGGCUUAAUCUCCUCACUGAUUGGCAUUGAGGGUGGUCAUGCAAUUGGCUCUUCGCUGGGGGUUUUGAGAUCCUUUUACUCCUUGGGCGCCCGCUACUUGAGUUUAACCCAUAAAUGUGACGUGUCCUGGGCCGGCUCGAGUUCGACGGCCAUUGAUGCAGGGCUGUCGCAGUUUGGCAAGGCCAUUAUACGGGAAAUGAAUCGUCUGGGCAUGAUGAUCGAUUUGUCCUAUAGCUCAGAUAAUACCGCCAGGGAUGUGCUGUCCGCCACCAGGGCUCCGGUGAUUUUCUCCCAUUCGGGCGCCAGACAAUUGUGCAACUCCACGAGGAAUGUUCCGGAUGAUAUUCUACGCCUGGUGGCUGAAAAUGGAGGACUGGUAAUGGUGAGUUUUGAUUCUGAGGAUGUGGCCUGUGGCCGCCAGUCCCGUCUCAAGGAUGUGGUGGACCACAUCAAGUAUAUCAGGACCAUUGCUGGCAUACAACACAUUGGCCUGGGCGCAGGAUAUGAUGGCAUUGAACUGCCACCCAUUGGCCUGGAAGAUGUCUCCAAAUAUCCCGAUUUGUUGGCCACACUCCUGGAGGAUCCCAACUGGAGUGAGGAGGACAUUGCCAUGUUGGCGGGUAAGAAUUUCCUACGCAUCAUGGAGACGGUGGAGAAUGUGCGCGACUAUUGGAAACGGGCAGCCAUACAACCCAUUGAACAGACUGAACCCCAGCCCAAGAGUCAGUGUGCCUAUAUGGCAUCGUGACCCCAGGCCCAGGCAGUGGUGCGUAAGACCCGUUAUGCCGAUUUCUGGCAUUACGAAGCGCAGCAAGAAAAUGAGACCCAGGUCGAGGGACAUCAACAAAACAGCCCAAAAUCAGCGGCUGUUUCUCUCAAGGCCCUGCCAUGGAUGGUGAGCAGGGAGCCUGGUAUGGAAGCAACGGAAACAAAUAAUCAAACCCAAAAAUCAACAAUGACUCGAAGUGAAGUUGGUCAACAAUUAGAGAUAUUGAAAUUUAAUUUCUAGAUAGCGAACGAAAGAAGAAGAAGAAGAAGCACAGAGUUGAAAGGUAUUUGGUAAUCGUAUAACCCUUUUGAUUACCCCCCACACAUGUAUUUAAUGCAUUACAUGGUAAUGCAUGAAGUAAGCGCAAGCAAAAUGUUUUAGUCUUAAGUCUUUGAUAUGAAAAAUGAGUAUUGAAAUUUGAAUACAAAUCAAAUAGAUGAGAGUAAAUCGUCUCUAAAGAGAAUGCUAAGAGU